UUUUUUCUGUUCACAUUUCAGGCCACUCUGUGCUCCAAGAAGAGCUGUCUGGUGGCUCUUGUGGCCCAGUUGGCGUCAGACAGUGAGGAGCUACAUCAAGUGGUCUCCAGCAUCCUGAGGAACCUAUCCUGGAGGGCCGACAUCAGCAGUAAGAAGGUCCUCAGAGACAUCGGCUCUGUGUCUGCCCUGAUGACCUGUGCCCUGCAGGCUACCAAGGAGUCGACCUUGAAGAGCCUCCUCAGUGCUCUGUGGAAUCUUUCUGCUCAUAGCACUGACAACAAGGUGGCAAUAUGCUCAGUGGACGGCGCUCUGGGUUUUCUGGUGAGCACACUGACGUACCGAUGUCAAACCAAUUCGCUUGCCAUCAUCGAGAGCGGAGGAGGAAUUCUUCGAAACGUGUCAAGUCUGGUCGCUACAAGGGAAGAAUACAGGCAAAUCCUCAGGGACCACAACUGCCUCCAGACUCUGCUGCAGCACCUGCGCUCCCACAGCCUGACAAUAGUGAGCAACGCCUGCGGAACUCUCUGGAACCUCUCUGCCCGUAGUCCAAAAGACCAGGAGCUGCUCUGGGAUCUUGGUGCAGUUAGCAUGCUGCGCAACCUUAUCCACUCCAAGCACAAGAUGAUAGCCAUGGGCAGCGCAGCAGCUUUAAGGAAUCUCCUGACAAAUCGACCCCUAAAAUAUAAGGAUGCUGCCGUAGUAUCCCCUGGGUCCUGCAUGCCGUCACUUUACAUGAGGAAACAGAAGGCUCUGGAGGCAGAGCUGGAUGCCAAACACCUUGCAGAGACUUUUGACAACCUGGAGAAACAAAGCCCCAAGAAUCUGACACUUAACAAGCCACUACGCCACAUUGAGAGUCUGGCGAAGGAUUAUGCAUCUGAUUCUGGUUGUUUUGAUGAUGAUGAGGCACCCAACGUCUCCAGUAGCCUGGACACUGGGAGUUUCUCGAUGCUCUCUAUGUUCCUUACAAACUCUAACUUCCUGCAAAACCAACCACGAAAGAGGGACAGUGAACCUGAGAGAGAUGUAGAUAUCCCUCAGAUGGUCGAGAAGAGACAAGCUCCUCCUGAAGAUUUGGUAUCUGCUGCUGCAGAGAAGCUUGCCAAAAAGAUCACCAACACGGUUGCCAAGAUAGACAGGUUAGUGGAGGACAUCACCAUGCAAACAUCAUCGGAGGACAGUUUUAGCCUCAGCUCUGAAGACCACUUGGCGGACUGGCCUUAUGGGCUGGAUGAACUAAAUGAAGCCCGUGCAAAAUCAUGCUCCCCUUGCCAUCUCUCCGAAACAAGCAGCUUGGCCCACAGGGAACGGCUCAGUAGAGCCCAUGCCCUCUUGCGCCUCAAAACGGCCAAUACAAAUGUAUCAACAGACAGCCUAAACAGUGGAAGCACCAGUGAUGGCUACUGUGGAAGCAAAGACCAUAUGCGACCUGCUCCAAAGCCUCUAACAAUGCAACAGCGUCCCAACCAGCUUGAUCUCAAGGUGGCCAAUCAAGAUUACUUCAAUGUUGGAGCGUCUGCACUGAAUGAGACUAACCAUCAAUACAUUCCAGAGAGAGAUUCUGUGGACAACAAAGAUGCAAGAGGUGGAGAGCUCAGCAGCACAGAUGCAGAAAAGUAUCAGGAUCAACCUGUAAAAACGCCUGUCAGUGCUUGUACUAAACUCUCCUCUGAUGUCAGCAUGACUUCAAUUAAACUGUCUCCUUCUUAUCAACAGGUUCCACUUAUUCAGAGUGUGGCUACAUUUGGUGUAGCAAAGACAGCAAUCAAUGUACAGGCUGCCCAAGCAAUGAGGAGGCAAGCAUGGGUACCUACUGUGAUGACUGGGGCUAGUAUUACAAAAUGUUCUCCAAUGUCAUCCACCAGAAGCCCAACUAUUGGGGCGAUGGAGACGAUCCAGAAAUACUCGGUGGAGAACACCCCAAUUUGCUUCUCCCGCUGCAGUUCACUCUCCUCCCUCUCUUCUGGCGACGGAGCAUUGGAUGGACAAAGUGAGAAUGAGCUAGAGAGUGACUCAUCAUUAGAAAUAAUUGAAGUAGAAGAUGGGGAAGAGGUGAAAAGAGCUGAAGAGGAUGAAACCUUGGAGGAUCUGAGUGACAGUCAGCUGCUAAUGACUGACUCAAAAACAUUCCCCAGCAAAGAGACAGAUCCCAUUGAGAUUCCCUGUCAUGCUAAACGGGAAAAGGUGUUCCUUAGAGCAGAUUCACCAGCCAUACUUGAAGACAGAUCUCCAUCAAGUUCAUCUGAAAACUACAUCCACGAGACCCCCCUGAUAAUGAGUCGCUGUAGCUCAGUCAGUUCCCUGGGUAGUUUUGAGUCUCCUUCUAUUGCCAGCUCAAUCCAAAGUGACCCAUGCAGUGAGAUGAUUGAUGGAACAAUAAGCCCUAGUGAUCUACCUGACAGCCCGGGUCAAACCAUGCCUCCUAGUCGAAGUAAAACCCCUUGUUGCAUUGAGUCAAAUGAACAAGAAACACAGGCCACAGGAAUUGCAGGUCAAUGGGAAAACAGCCUGCGAAAGUUCAUGGAGAUUGCAGACUCCAAGGAGAGGUUUAACCUUCCUCCUGACUUGGACACUAUGAUCUACUUUACAGUGGAAAAGCCAACUGAAAACUUCUCUUGUGCUUCGAGUUUGAGUGCACUGCCUCUUCACGAACACUACAUACAAAAAGAUGUUGAGCUGAAAUUGACCCCCCUACUCCAGCAAAAUGACAAAAAUCUUCCUUUCCCUGAUGAGCAUGAGCAUGGAUUUGACCAUGGAGAGAGAUAUAGUGAGGGCAACUCAGAUGAUGACAUAGAAAUCUUAAAGGAAUGCAUCAACUCAGCAAUGCCCUCCAAUUUCAGAAAAGUAAGACCUUCCCUGAUGACCACCAUCCCUCCUCAUAUUCUCAAUUCUCAGAUCCGAAAACAGAUUCACGUUCCAGUGUACAUGAUGCUUCCAAAUGGCAAAACCCAAAUGUGUCCUGGAAGGAGAUUCGUCAUCCCCCAAAAGGACUUCAUAUUUGACGAUUCGUCCUUCACUGAUUCUACAGAAGGUACACCAGUCAACUUCUCCAGCACAACAUCCCUUAGUGAUGAAACACUUCAGUAUUCAGUAAAGGAGAGGGGAGCUAACGACUGCACAGCUAAAGGUAUAAACAAACAGGAAUUGCUUGACGAUGAGGCAAAGAGGAUAGAAGACUUGAGGAUAUUCUCACACUUCCAUAAACCCAACAAGAUGAACUACCCACCAGAGAUACAAAUGAAUCGAACAACCAAACAUAUCAUUCCGACGCAGAGGGUGCUGUUGCAGAGCAAAGAGGUAGCAGAUAGGGUUGCAAACCAAAGAAAACGUGAUAAGUCACCAAACCAGCAAAAUAAUAGGCACGGUCAAGGUACGGCCAGGAAACUGGAAUUGCCCGUCAUUAAGCAAAACAAAGAAGGUAACCUAAAUGUUCGAUCACAAAAAGAGAAAACAGUCUUUCGGCAAAUUACACAAUCUUCCGAGGACAGUAACAGCUUCUAUGAUGAUAAAAAGGAAGCAAUCAAACGAACAAGCAGAAAACAAAUCAGGGAAGAAAGUAGAAACACUCUCUCCCGGAGCAUGACAAAUAUUGGCAGUGGUGAUCAUUCCCAAGCAAUUUCAAGAGGAUUUCAAAGGAUAAAACAAAAUCUGAUUAAGGAUGAAUCACUGGCAUGUUACUCACUCAGCUCUUCACUUAGUUCACUGAGUGAUGCUGAGUUUGAGCCUCAUAAAUCAAAAGCCCAUAAAAUAUGGUACAAGAACAGACACAACAAAACACUAAAUACGAUGAAACAAACAAAGACUAUAAACAUUCACAGCCAAUAUGAAGAUCAAAGCUCGCCAAGCUCUGUCAGCAUGGAUUCAGAGGAUGACCUUCUUCAGAAAUGCAUAACAUCUGCCAUGCCUAGGCAGAGAAGAAGGCUUGCUGCCAGAAAGAAAAAAGCAGAAAAUACUCAAAAACAAAAGACCUCUGAUGGGUGGAACAUGAAUGAGGAAAUGGAUAUGGAUGAGGAAAUGGAUAGUGAUGAUACAGCAUGGGAUAAAGAUUCAGACCUCAAUAGUGUUGAAUGGAGAGCCAUACAAGAAGGUGCUAAUUGUGUUGUCACUGGGUUGCAGGCAUCAAGGUCUCAGGACCCAUCUUCUGAAGAGACUGAAUCAGUCCUGUCAUUUAUGUCAACAUCCAGCUUUACACCCAAAGAAAGGAAGUUUGCUAAAGAUAAAAAGGCAAAUAAACCUCUUGACUUUGCACAGCGCAAGCCAGUUCCAAACCUACCAAUGGUUUUCAGAGGCAGGACAGUGAUCUAUACACCGAUAAAGGAGACGGCUCCAUCACAAAUACCUCCUCCUAGAAAAAUAACAACCAAGACAGAUGCUCCAAAGAACCCAAACCUUGCUCAGCACAGAUCAAAGAGCCUUCACAGAUUAGGUCGGCCCCAGGAUAUUGAACUAUCUUUGCCAAAGAGAAGCUCUACUCCACCUCCAAGGAUACCAAAAAGUGCAUCCUCUGGAUCAUCACAAAGCUCUACACCAUCUAAUCAGUCACAGAAGAAGAUAACAUCCCCGACUCAGACAAAUAAAGCCAACCAGAAACAGAAUGCCUCAUUACCUAGUAGCCCGCCAGCUACAAGCCCCCCUGAAAGAAAGGGACGCUCUCCUGUUAUGAAACAAAAUGAAAAGUCUGCACCACCUAAAACUCAAAAGUCUCCUGUCCGAAUUCCUUUUAUGCAAAAUUCAGUCAGGCCAAGACCUCUUUCACCUCUAGUAACUAACAAAACAACCACCACACAAACCAAUCAGGUCAAUGGCAAACGUUUGGCCCCCACCAAUCGUUUUGGACUGGUCAGGAUGACUUCUGUCCAUUCCAAUGGUGGUGAGUCUGAGCGCAAUGGGUUUUUGAGACAGCUGACUUUCAUUAAGGAAUCACAGAACGCGCUUAGACGUGAUAACUCAGCACGCAACAUGUCAGGAUCUCAAAAUGGAUCCCCGCGCAGAACAAUUCCUGGAGCUACAGCUGUCUUCCUUUGCUCAUCACGCUGUCAGGAACUAAAGGUAUCUGUGCAAACUCCCAGACGGGUGCAAGUAAAAGAUCCAAGACAAACAGAGCAGAGGUCAGACCGCCUUCAGAAGCAGAGUGCAACCCUCUCCAGAGCAACCUCCAGUGAAAGAGACCUAUCUGCAAGACGCCCGUCCAGAAGAACCAGUUCUGAAAGCCCUUGCAGGUUGGCUCAGCGAAACGGGCCUGGCAGAGUGUCUGGACCCAAGCAGCAACAAGACAAGGAUAACUUUAAACGUCAUGCUUCAUCGCCAAGCCUAAACAUACUGAGCCGGGUGACAAGCCGUUCCUCCCUCCGUUCGUCCUCAUCUGAUUCAAGCGGAAGAGCAAAGAGCGAGGAUGAUACAAAGAAGAAAGUGCAGAGAUCUGCAUCACGGCUUAAUGAAAGAGUCACCUGGAGGAGGAUCAGGGAUGAAGAUGUAUCUCAGAUCUUGAAAAGCACUCUGCCAGCAAAUGCAUUACCUCUGGUGACUUCUCCUGACGGGGAACAGCCAAAGCCACUGGCUCUACCAGGAAAACUGCCAACAAUUCUACUUGCGUCUCGCAAGACAAGCGAUGCGACAGUCCAGACAGAGGAUUUUACACACAACAAGACCAACUCAAGCACCUCUCCAACGGUUAAAACAGCUCAGGUGAUUUCAGAGGAAGUGUCACGCUUUGCUCUACUUAAGAAGAUUAGUUCAACCUCUGGGAGUAACCUGCAGGAUGGAGAUUCUGACGUCUCCCCAAGGAGCCACAGUACUGUCUCCACAGGAACGUCUGAUUCCCACGUCAGUGGAGUUGUCCAUUUCCGCCAAGGAUCCCCCAGCAAGGCCGCCCGUAUCACUCCAUUUAAUUAUACUCCAAGCCCCAUUUAUGGCAACCUACAAGACAUGCAGAGCCAGAGAGCCUCGAUCAAUGAAAAGUCUGGGGGGAAAAGUGAGUCGUAAGACAUUUAGUGGAUUACUGGACGAUAUGGAUUACUCUACUGUGAUCCUGGAUGAAACUCAGGUGGACAGUCUAGGAGUGUGGUGGCCCAUAUACCUCGGGUAUUUACCCCUUACUUUCCCCAUUCACUGCAUUCAAGUCUUUCUCUCUGAACAAUUGAUCAAAGCUUCCAUCUACUAUCCAUACAAGGUUGGAUGUAUGCUUUAAGAGAGGUCGGACAAGAACCGACCAGAAACAACAAUGCACUUCAGAGAAAAAUCUCACAUGAAAAGGAAGUGCAUCUUUUUGUACUUUUUUUGUAUUUGUAGAAUAAUCAUUGCCUGUUAGAAACGUAGUGAAAACAUGAAGCAAAAGACAAUUAACUGGAUUUCAGCACAUCGGUUUUCUGGACGGAAUCGAUAAAAGAACAAUAUUAUGCAAAUUCUUGAAGGAUUACUCAGCUGGACUUCUACCUGAAAAUAUACAAACUGUGGAUGACUGUUGACAGACUCUCACAAUUGACGCCAAUACACUGAAAUGUUAAGCAUUUUUUACAUACAGUUAAUCAAUGCUUUGGGCCUCUUAAUCCCUAAUCAACUGAAUUAUAAUACACUGCUUGUCUUUUUUGUCUCCAUAUUUCUCCAGUAGGUCUGGGGCUACAUUUAAGAAAAAACUUCGGAUUAAUAGUGUACAGUGUAACAAUUAACUUAUUUAGAUUAUAUAGUGAUUUCGGAAUGAUAUCGAUGUGUAUUACAGGUUAACGGUAUGAAAAAUUCUAAAUUCAAAAGCUAAACAUUUUACAAUAUGUAUUUAAAUAUUUUUAAUGAGCAAAAAAACUUUUUUGAGGCAACUGUUUGACUUUAGUUGUAUUAGUGUACAUCUACAUAUAUAUACAUAUAUAUAUAUAUAUGUAGAUAUUAUCAUAUCUCCCCAGCUCAACUUUGGUAAAAAAUUAUUAAUAAUAAAAUCAUACUGAGCUGCAAUUUUGAGGAAUAGGAUUAUUCCCGACACCUACUCUAGUUAAAUCCCCGCUGCAGAACAAAUGAUAGCAUCCUGUGUUUUUCCAAACUAUAAGCAGAUUCUGGUAUUUAAUCUCUCCUGUACUCUUUGUCUUAAUCAGUUUUGUAAAUAACACACAGAUGUACAAAAUCUCCAAAGCUUCCUUGUGGGCAAAAUAAUCUGUGUUGCUCGAUGACAGCAUGCAUAUAUACUGUAUAUCAUUGUGGAGGGACAAUUAAGUUGUUAUUCAGAGGUAAAGUUAUUUCUAGACAAGAGCGUUACUAGCCAUCUGUUGAAAAGACAUAUAAUGGUAUAAACUGUCAGCAUAGCUGAACAAAGCGACUACAUGCUUCUUUUCAUCUAAUGACAUGACAUAAUUGUUAUGUUUGAUUCUAUAUUCAGGCAUUAUUGCUGUUGAGUAUUCCUUGUCCAGAAACAAAAUGAUUUCAUCCAGUGAUGGGGCGGCUUUGAGUCAAUGGACAUGUGUCCUUACAAAAAUCUUUAUAACUUGUUAAUAUCCGCUUAACUGUGUUGCUGUAAAGUAGUGAUAGGUUGAGAAGAAGUUGAAUAUUAAGACAAUGAAUAUUCUCUGUGUUGUAACAUCGCUCCUCCGUGUGUGCUGCUGGAAGACAAAAGACAGAACUAACAUUCAUCAUUCAUCUACCUAAAGGGGCUCAUUAUUCAUAAAA